AUGAGAGCCACUGCAGCCUUCCUAUUGGUCCUCUGUCUUCUGACCAUCAGUCAUGCCUGGGACUGUCAGAUUGUAGUGGAUAUCAAGAAUCUGAUGCAGAUCGAUGCAGGACUGGGGCAAGUGGUUGCUACGGACACAAGUCAAAUCCCCUACUACCUGGUAGGUGAUAAAUGGAUCCGCCUGCCUGGUUCCCUGAGGCAUAUCACUGUAGGACCAGCAGGGAUCUGGGGUGUCAGCAACGGAAACCUCAUGUUCAAGUAUGUGGCCGGUAACUGGGUUCAAUUUGCAACCAGUGUAAAGCAGCUGGAUGCUGGGGGGGACGAGUUUGUUGUGGUGGCCAACAUAGACUAUGUUCCAGGGUGUCUUUCAAGAAGUGCCUCACUUGGCUUCAUGGGUGCUGACUCACCCCUUCGAGGGAUAAGGUUGCCAGGAGCUGUGAAGUAUUCUAGUUGCGGACCUUUUGGGUGCUGGGCAGUCAACAAGAAUGAUGAUAUCUACCUAAUGAGUCUGAAUCAAGACUGCAAGAACAACGGCUGGAGUCACAUUGAUGGCAAGCUUUCCAUGAUUGAGGUGGCAACUGAUGGUAGUGUCUUUGGGGUCAACUCUGCGGGUGAUGUUUAUACCAGAGACGGCAUCACAGCCAGUAAACCAGAGGGCACUGGAUGGAGCAAUGUCCCAAUGUACAUGCCAAUGAAGCACGUGACCUACGAUCUGGGCCGUCUUUGGGUCAUCUCCAAUUCUGGCUUCACCAUGGUGUGCACACCUUAGCCUCUCCUCUGCAUCUGAAGGCCGUUCAGAAUCUGACAAGCUCACUUGCUAACUCAUUGAUCUCUCUGUCUGGAACAAUCUCAAUUCUCAACAUUAAUUCACAAGAAUCCUUCAUUCUAAAACCUAUUGCUCUAACUAUA